GCGCGCUUCCCGCUUUUCCAGCGGGGCUGAAAGAGCGGCUUCUCAUUGCUUCGAUUUUCGGCGGUUGCCGCUUCUCUCUCACUCCGCUUGGGUCGGACGGAGCACCUGCUCAACCGAAGGAGUUCUCUGGUGCCCCAUCAUACCCCAAUGCUUUGGAGAAUGAGCACCUGCGGCAGGAAAGCGCUGACUCUGCUCAGCAGUGUCUUUGCUGUGAGCGGAUUGGGAUUUCUGGGGAUUGCGGUGAGCACCGACUAUUGGUUGUAUCUGGAGGAAGGGAUCAUCCUGCCCCAAAACCAAAGUACAGAAAUCAAGAUGUCUCUGCAUUCUGGCCUCUGGAGGGUUUGCUUUUUGGCAGGUGAAGAACAUGGGAGGUGUUUCACAAUAGAGUACGUCAUGCCCAUGAAUGUCCAGCUGACCUCUGAAUCAACUAUCAAUGUUUUAAGUUUAUCUCUGGUGGUGGGGCUCGUAUUGUACAUCUCCACCAUCAAUGAUGAAAUGCUCAAUAGAACCAAGGAUUCAGAGACAUACUUCACUUACAAAUAUGGCUGGUCAUUUGGUUUUUCUGCCAUUUCUUUCCUCCUAACUGAGAGCGCAGGUGUCAUGUCCGUUUACCUCUUCAUGAAAAGAUACACUGCUGAAGAGAUGUACCGGCCACACUCUGGCUUCUACCGACCUCGUCUUAGCAACUGUUCCGAUUACUCAGGCCAGUUCCUUCACCCCGAGGCAUGGGUGCGGGGACGCAGCCCUUCUGACAUCUCCAGCGAUGCCUCCCUCCAAAUGAACAGUAAUUACCCGGCUCUGCUUAAAUGUCCUGAUUAUGACCAGCUGUCCUCCUCCCCAUGCUGAAGGACAACACCCCUCUUGCUUUUUAGGGAACAAAGUGACAAUGGAGGCCGUGGGUCCUAAAUCUGCACUUUUCUUUUUCUAAUGAAUGAUAUUCUUCUUACUUAGAAAUGGAGAAGGUUUUCCUGCCCAUCCCAGCAAUGCGUGUAGGAGUAGUCAAUAAACUCUAGUGAGGCCUUUGAUCCUGCAACUGAUCCUUAUGCCAGAUCCUUGGAGAUACACAAUACCUUGAGAUACACAAUAGCUCGAGAUACACAAUAGCUCGGGCAAAGAACCCCACCUACUGUGAAAAUCUGUAUAUUGGAAAGUUGGUUGGGCAAGGGGAGUUUCUUGGUUCACUUUUAGCAGAAAUGCAUUAUCGCCCUAAGGAACAGAUGAUAAUGCCUGGUGAAUUUAGAAAUUCACAUCAUUACUUAGUAUAUAUAAAAAUUAGUAUCUCGUUACAGGUAAUUCAUAGUCUAAACUAAACGUGUAUUUCAUUUCCUCUUUGCAUAUCAUUAUCCUAGAAGAUUGAAGUGUUCACUGGGAAACACAAUUAACUCCCAUCAAGAAUCACAUUCUAAUUUGGCAGCUUCUCAACUAGAUCAAAUCUUUUGUUUCUAGAAAAGCAACAUCUUAACAAUAAAGUGCCUGAUGCUGUGUGAGUAUAAACAAACCUCUUGUUUUCAAAUCACCGUAGGUUUGUACUUCUAAUAAUACGUUUAUGGCAGAUCAACAAAAUUUUCUUAUUCUGUUGUAAAAACUGACAAGAGAUCUGAUGCCCAAAGUGCAAUUUAGUAGUGUGGCUUUUGUCAAUUGUGCUAUUUCCUUUACUUUUAGUUCCCCUGCAAAGGAAUCCAGGGGACUGCUGGAUUGUCCCAGCAUUCAGAUCAGAUCCUACAUGAAGAAAGUUUGCAGAAAGGGGAGGAAGACUAGGGUUACAUGUUACACUAAGGAUCUAUUUAUACACAGUGUAUUAUACAUAUACGUACUGUGCAUAUACUAUGUGUCCACAGUGCAUCAUCCACGGUGCAUAUAUAUAUAUGCAUUGGGUAAUAUAGUUGUACCAGCUUUUGUAAUAAUUCUACACUGCUCAGAGGGUUACUUCAGACAUCCAAAUUCCAAUCUUCUGAUUUUUCACUGUGCUGAAAAAUCUGUGAUGUUCAACAUUCAGGCAUGUCAAAGUAGCCCACAGCCCACCCCCCACAGGCCAUGUCCACCUGGUCCCACAACAGCAAAAAUAAUUCUGAUAUGUCAUGAUACAGCCCACAAAAAUUGGGAUUCAAUUUUUUUACUACCGGCUCUGUGGGCGUGGCUUGGUAGGCGUGGCAGGAGAAGGAUACU